AUGAUGAUCACAUUAACUGUCAUUUUUCUCUGCGUUACUUCAUCUUGUUUUUUUGCCUCUGUGGAAGGUGGGGUCCGGGGGCCGAGGCUCAGCAAUGGACAGCUGUACAAAUUCAGCUACUCCACUGAAGUGCUGCUAGACAGGGCCAGGGGGUCGGCUGAGGGCAGCGCCGGCUAUAGGAUUUCAUCCAGUGUUGACAUCAACUUAGUGUGGAGAAACCCAAGCAGUAAAGAUGAUCAGCUUCUCAAACUGAUGAUUAGAGAUGUGAAGAUAGAGGGCGUUACACCACGGCCAGACAAGGCAAAUAUCUUCUCCGGCUCUACAUCUCAGCGCAUUCUGGGAAAGAGCAAUCUGGCAAUGCUGCAGGCUCCUUUUUUGGUUCACCUGAAACUUGGGAAGGUGAAGGGCUUGUACUCCUAUCAGAAUGAACCUGCUGUUAUUAGAAAUAUAAAGAGGGGUGUGGCCAGCCUGCUCCAGCUGCAGCUUACCUCUGGGAAGGUGGAAGAGGUGGAUGUGUCCGGGAAGUGCCCUGUGGAGUAUAAAGCUGAAAAGGACCGUAUCACUCGAAUCAAGAUGCUGGACAGUUGCAAGACAGUGGAGACAGGCUUCACCACGCACAACCAGGUGUUGGGUGUGAAGACCAAGUCUUCCUCCGUCACAGAGUUCACUCUGCAGGAGGGUUUCAUCAAGUCAGUUGUGUCUGAGGAGACACACGUCACGUCUGUCAACGCCCGCCACAGAACCGCUACUAAAGUUGUGUCCCGACAAGCGCUGGUACUGGUAAAGAAACAGGCCGGGCCUCAGGAAACUGCUGGAAAAGAUGUUGCUGGUGUCAUCAAGUCAUUGGAUCCCAAGUUUGUCACCAUUGCUUUGUCUCCCUCAAAGGCCAGAUCUCAAUGCAGGGGCUGUCCAUCUCUCUGGCAGCACUGGCAGGCCAUUGGCAAAGACCUGGAGCCAGAGAGGUUGUCCAAGGCCACUGUUCCCCGCAACUUCCUGAGUCUUGUGCAGAGCUUGAGGAGGGCCACCAAGGAGGAGAUCCUCAAAGUUCUGAUGAACUGCAGCAAAACAGCCCUGCCUCAGUUGGUGGAUGCCGUCACGUCUGCUCAAACACCUGCGUCGCUUGAAGCCAUUCUACAGUUCCUGGAUUUCUCUAAGGCACAGGAUCUGAUCCUGCAGGAGAGGUUCCUUUAUGCCUCUGGCUUAGCCUCCCACCCCAACGAGAAGAUGCUUGAAGCCCUUUUGGGUGUGUGGAAGGGAAAGAUCGCCAACAAUGACAUCAGAGAGUCUGUGAUGAUCAUCAUGGGGGCACUUGUGCGAAAACUCUGUCAGAAGGGAGGGUGCGAACUGCCUACUGUGGUCGAGGUGAAGAAGCUCAUCUUGGAGGGUCCUGAUAGAACAAAAGAGGAGUCAGAGGUGCAGAUGUACCUGCUGGCACUGAAAAAUGCCCUGAUUCCAGAGGCCAUUCCCCUGCUCACCAGGUACUGCGAGUCAGAGGUUGGGGCCUACAGCAUCAUCUCCAUCACUGCCUUGCAGAGAUAUGACAGCGCUCACAUAAAUGAAGAGGUGAAAUGUAUGCUGAACCGGGUCUACCACCAGAACAAGCGGGUCUUUGAGAAGAAUGUGAGGGUUGCUGCUGCUGAUGUAAUUUUUAGCAGCAACCCUUCCUACAUGGAGGUGAAAAACCUGCUGCUGUCCAUUGGACACCUGCCCCAUGAGAUGAACAAGUACAUGCUUUCCAAGGUCCAGGAUAUCCUGAACUUUGAGAUGCCUGCUAGCAAAAUGAUCAGGAGGGUCAUGAAGGACACGAUUGUGCAUAACUACGAUCGCUUUGCCAAGCUUGGCUCAUCAUCUGCAUUUUCAGGCUAUAUUGCACGUGGGAUGGAUGUAACAUCUACCUACAGCCUUGACAUUUUGUACUCAGGCUCUGGGGUUCUCCGGAGAAGCAACAUGAACAUCUUUGCCCUCAGCAAUGGUGCACACCUUCAUGGCCUUCAGGUGGUCAUCGAGGCACAGGGCCUGGAGUCUCUGAUAGCAGCCACAUCAGAUGAAGGCGAGGAGGACCUUGAAUCCUUCGCUGGCAUGUCGGCCUUGCUCUUUGAUGUGCAGCUGCGUCCCGUGACCUUCUUCAAGGGCUACAGUGACCUCAUGUCUAAGAUGUUUUCCCUCUCUGGUGACCCCAUCAGUGUGGUCAAGGGUCUCAUCCUCCUGGCGGACCACUCAGAGGUCAUCCAGUUACAAUCCGGGCUGAAAGCCAGCAUCGAGUUCCAGGGAGGUCUUGCCAUCGACAUUUCAGGUGGUAUGGAAUUCAGCCUGUGGUACCGGGAGUCCAAAACGAGCGUUAACAACAGAGGUGCCUUGGUUGUAAAUGGGAAUGUGACCGUAGACAUGGACUUUGCACGUGCUGGGGUGGAGGUCAGUUUUGAGACGGAGGCCUCCCUGGACUUCAUUACCACGGUCCAGUUCUCUGAGUACCCGUUCCUGGUGUGCAUGCAGAUGGACAAGGCCACCUUCCCCUUCAGGGAGUUACUAACGAAAUACGAGGGUUUGCCUUCUGGGAAGAGUUUUAUAUCCCGCAAGGGCAGGAGAGAGCUUGUGUCUGGGUCCGAGUUCCCUCUGCACCAGGAGAAUUCCAACAUGUGCAAAAAGGUGUUUGAAGGGAGCUGGUAGAACUCCCCAUCUCCAGGACAUACUGGGAGUGUGAGAGCUCUCGGGGGGGAGGCGCUGAAUCGUCAUGGAAUCCAUCAUCUGAGCCAACAUGUGGGAUGGUCAGAGUGCCCCCCUACUCUCCCUGCCCCUCCGCUGUGAGCCUUGGUUCUAUUUAUUAUACAGAAAAAUGUUCAAGAAUAAAUUUGUCACACCAAAGGGGAAUGUGAAACCACAUGGCCAAGGAAAGUCAAGUUCGUAACGACACAUGCAAUGUUUACAUACUUCUAUACAUGUUAUUGGUUUUAGGAACAAUUGGUGCCUUUUAGAAUUUUCUACGAAUAUAUUAUUUGAACUGGUUUUUGUAUCGGUGUAUUUGGUUAUUUGAUUCACAUACACUCUACAUUGUAACUAAAUGAUACUGACGUAUGUGUAUAUUUAAAUAGUGAGCAUGAAGAGCUUUCUCCAGUGCUACCUAACAGUGUACCUGUUUACUCAAAUGCUCAGGAAGAUUCUUAAUAAAAUAAAUACUUAAAGAUGCUUCUUAAAUAGAAUUGUUGGCUAUGGAGGGUAAGGUUAAAGAGGCAGAGUGCCUCAGUGUGAAGGAUUGGUGCAUGAGGUCUCCUGGACUCGGGUCUGACUUUGGGACGAGAGGUGUAGGGGCUCAUUUCUCCGCAGUCUUCCUGGUUCCUUAUUGGUCGUUAAAAUUUCAGUGCUACAGCUACUAAGUGAUUUUUCUAAGGAAAGCAAACUGCUUUCUAGUUUCCAUGGAUCAGUUGUGAACAGUGCUGUUCAUUUUUUAUCCUUACCUUCCUUCCCUGAUAAAAGGACAUGUGGAAAUCAUGCCUCUCUAGUCUUUGGACUCUGUUGAAAUGCAAAUGAUGAUGGUUGUGUGUGACACAGGUACCAGGACUUGCAUAAGGCACAUUUGCUCUCACUGAUCACCGGACAGUUUGUUCUGGGGUCUGGGGGCUUUGGCUUUCUUAGGUUACACCAUUUCCAUACUGCAUCGCCAGAGCAACAGCCCCUGCUGUCCUUGACCCUUGUGGGAGAACUUGCAAGUGGUGUGGGCUUCUUGAAGCUUCCUGUGUAGGAGUCUGUGGCAUCAGUUCUCCCCAAUGCUGGGAUCCAGGGAGGUAGCGCAUGUCCAAUGUUGAGUUGUCAUGGUAGCCAGAGUGGUCUAGGUAUGGAUGAGAUAAUGGCGGUGUGCUAUGUGGGGUCAUCUGGGGAUACCUGAUCCUGUGGAGGAAUUGGCGCCCUAAUAAACGCCCAGGAACACAGAU